UCAAAGACUUGUCUUUGGGUCCCCUUUUUCUCUCGCCUCCCUCCACGGGCAGUUUUAUUAAGCCAUGCCAUGGCCUCCGGGAACCUCCUGCCUUCUUUUACUCCUUCCCUCCCCCUUCCGUUUCGAGAACUUGCCUCUUUCUCUUUCUCUCGUGAUCGAUUCCUCUUUCUCUCUCCCUCUCCCUAUCUUCUCUUGCUGUCUUUCCUUGUUCAUUUGCCUUGUCUAUUCCCCCCCUCCUUCGUGACACACUCAUUGCUUGCAACCUCGGCUCGACACUCGCCCCGUCCGGCCCGACGACGCUGCAAAACCACACUCAUUCAACACGUUUCCGCCUCACGACUGCGUCACGCCAUUGGCACCGGAUAGAUUCACUCAGCGAGCGUCUGCGACUUUCGUCCAACUAUAGAAUACAUCGACCACACCGCACAUCCGCCUGCUGGUCGAUUUCUUCCCCGUUUGCGGCGAAUUCUUUCACCAACUGGGCGUGACCGUACAGUGCAAGGAGGGCCACUUACAGCAAACGUCACCCGAAACCCUAAUCGUUUGUCGUUUGACGCCGCACUCUCACACCGGGAAUUGUAUGUAAGAACGGCAAACCGCAUUCCUGUCCCCUUUUAUUACGUCGGUGCCCAAUUGCCAGUGGCUUCAUGCUCGCUUGGCCAAUUGUGUCGAGGACUCGUACUCGGGCAGCCACACGUAAGCCGCAGGGCCUGCCCGAAUGAGCGACUGGCGGCGCAUCUCCCUUUGUUUUCAGGCUUCUCGGUGGACUUGGAUCUUCGUUGAUGGCCUCACUAACACCAUUUUUUAGACCGCAAACUCACACACGCUGGUAUCUACUCCCGUCACGGUUCCCCAGCCGCUGGGAGACCAUUUGUGUUCUCGCCUCGACAGGCGAUAGCCCCUGCACACCAUCCGUCAGAUCCGCUCGAACGACUUCUGCCUUUGGAAACAUGGAGCAAGGCUACGGAGGACCGGUGGAGAGGUCUCGGACCCUGUCGACAUCUGGUCCUGUGCCUAACGGGGACGGCGAGGGCAUGAAGGACACCGACGUCCAGAUGCAACCUGCACCGCAAAACGAGCCCGAGGGCAGCAAAGUCGUGCAGCCGUCACAAGAAUCUCCCCGGCGAUGCGAAGGCGCUGUACGGACGUCGUCCCCGGCGUCCGCCGCCCGGUCUGAGUCUGGCUCGGCUAGCGCCUCCGACUCGGAGCAUGCAAGGGGAGAGGCUACUUCCACUCUCACAGGCCGCAAGUCCCGCCGCCAUUCGGCCCCGCAACCGUGGCCCGUGGAACCUCCGGUCACCCGCUCUACACUCAGUGAGCUGGACGUGUCCAAGAUCAUUCACAACCCGAAACUACGCCACGAUAUCAAUUUUGAUCCCGAACUGCAUUUCCGACCGAACUUGGAUGGCGAAAAGGGCCGCAAGAAGCAAGAAAGGGCGAAUCAGUUCUGGAAAACGCUCAAGGAGGAACUCACCGAGUUCCUGAUGGACCGGCCGUCAUUUGACCGGAAACAUGGUGAACGAAACGACUGGACCUUGCCCGCCCUGCUGAAGGCCGUCAAGGAGAUCAUCCAGACCCUGGUGCCUCAGCGCGAUCGACAGUUUCUCGAUGAGGGCCUGAACGUGGAGCUGCUGAUGCAGCAAUUCAACAAGGGCAUCGCCGAUUUAGAGAAGCUGGCAUCGUGGCUGUCACGCGUCCUCAAGUCACACUGCGCUCCAAUGCGCGAUGACUGGGUCGACACCAUGUAUGCGCAACUAAGCAACGGGAAUCGCAACGGUGAUCUCGACGAACUCGUGACGGGCAUGCGCAGCCUUCUGAGCGUUCUCGAGGCAAUGAAGUUGGACGUUGCGAACCACCAGAUCCGCUGCCUGCGACCCGUCCUCAUCGAGGACACGACUCACUUUGAACAAAAAUUCUUUCUGCGCAAGAUCCAGUCUCGCAAGGUGGACGUUACGGGGGCCAGGCUGUGGUACUCUGACGCUGAGAGGACCUGCGACGUCCCACCGGGCACAUCACAGACUUUCGGCGACAUGGGCGUUUUCUUUGACGGGCUCACGCGGCUGCUGCUUCCGUCUACGCAAGAAAAGCGCGUACCGAGCACCUUCCUGUUCGACGAAGAGCGCAUCAUGAAGCUGAGGUCUGACGUACUGGACGCUAUAAACCUUGACGUGUGCAUGCGCAUGUAUGAGGAGCUCGAAGGUUUUGGGUCGCUCAAUUACAAAAUUUUUGGCGCUCGACGGGCAAUGGAUGAGUUCGAUCGUUGCGCAACCCCCGAGAACGACUUCAACUUCAACACGCCUCCGGCAAGCUCUCGACCUUCGAGCUUGGUAUUCAGCUCUGCUGGCUCGGCCUCCUCAUCUCCUCGAUCGUCAGUUGUCGUCCCGUCAUAUGUUGCUCCAGAGAAUACCGAAGCCCGGACAAAGGCUCGCAAUCUGUAUACGACGCUUGUGGCCCUUUUGCAAUCCGCGAAGCCGACGUCGCGACCACAUGCUCGCUGGGAGGAAAUGGCUCCUUCCAUGGCUAUUGAGAUAUUCCGUUCCACCAGUGCGCCCCAUGAUAUUCUCCCGGCCUUUGAAGAGAAGGUUGUCAACACGAUCACCACUGCCAGUUCCGAUCUCUACAGAGACGUCGAGUCCAAGUUCCAGAGACGACUGAUGGCAGAGCUGAGCGGCCGUGUGCGCGAGUUGAAGGCGCUUUCCGGCGUAUCUCUCUUUGCUGUGGCCACGGGUGCCCGCAUCCAAAACAACAGUGGCGUGUUGCAGACGAGUCGAGAUACAGAGGCGCCUUCACGGGACGGUUUGGAGGAGGGCGGCGUCGAAGACAUGGCGACCCGCCUCGCUCACCUCGGUAUCCUGCAUUGGAGGGUCUGGUCCCCACUCGUGUACGCCGGAGAUCAGGACGAAAUGGUUCUCGAUGACACGCCAAACCAGAUUUAAAUGGACACCAACCAGCACCGCUUCCAGCUACAUUCGCGCAGCAGAAUGACGACACACACUUUUCAACCGCACACACCUCACACAUACGCACACACACACACACACUUACACUCACAUCCCACAAGGUUGCGCCCAGUAUUAUUAUAUCCCGCUACACACUAAUCCGGCAUGGGCGGCAUCACCCCUCGGCUCGACCAAACCGUCGGCCAUUUGCCAUCUCGACCAUCAUUCGACUUUACACAUUGGAGUUUUCGAUACAGGAGUUCGAGCCAUUAGACGCGGGGACAGAACAGGCGGCGGGACUAGUUUUUUAUUUGCUUUUGGCGUCUGCAUUAUUCCCAUUCGACAUUUGGUUCACAGGCAGGCAGGCCGACCGAGUACUACAUUGCGACAUGCAGUUUCGGACAAGGCCCGGUUGAUCAUGGUUUUUGCGCUUUUGACAAGUCGGCGUUGAGGAGUGGGAGAAAAUGACGGUUGGGUGCAAGGCACGCCGUCUGUCACCGCGUGGGCCCACGUCAGGGGCCGGCACCCGGUGAGGAGCAACUCGAGCAUUUUUCUUGUAACAUUUGAGGUGGUGAUCAGGAUUUUGAUAGACUCGCGUGGCGGCUUCGGCCCCGGUCCUUAGCAGAGAGAGUAGAGAGACAACUUAUACACCGAUUAGGGGCAUUGAUGGAUGCCCCCUGUCAUCGUCUUCCAUGUUGCCUCGACAUGCUGUGAUAUGGCG